AUGCCAGCCUUAGCGCAACAGACCCUAGUUUGCAGAAGUCCAAACUUCUUGUACGGUGGUUUGGCGGUUGCAGUUCCAGGAGAACUUAAAGGAUUCUCGACCAUCUAUAGUUUAUACGGUGGAAAUGUUCCAUGGCCAUCACUGUUUGAGCCAACUAUAAAGUUAUGCGAGGAAGGCAUGACAAUCAGUAAAUCUUUAGGAAUAACUUUAAAAUAUGAAGAAGAAUUGAUCAAAAAAGACCCAAUGCUCAGAAAAGCAUUCUUCAACGAAGAAACUGGACAAGUAAAGAUAACCGGGGAAAUAUACACGUUUCCUGAGUUAGCAGAAACUAUGAAAAUCUUAGCAAAAGAAGGUAGUGAUGCCUUUUACAACGGUUCGUUAACGGAAAACUUAUUAAAAGACUUAAAAAGAGCAAAUGGGAUAAUCACAGAAGAAGAUUUAGUCAACUACGAAGUCGAGGUCGAAGAAUCACUUUCUGUAAAUUUGAAAAAUGGACAUACAAUACACGCGGGACCGCCACCUGGUUCUGGUAUGAUAUUAGCCUACAUACUCCGCGUGUUGGAUGGUUUAUUACCAGCACCAAAUGCAGGUUUGGACGCUCAUCGAUUAGUGGAAGCUUUUAAAUUUGGUUACGCCGAAAGAGCCCAUUUAGGAGAUCAUAAAUUUGUAAACGUGUCUGGAAUUUACAAUAAUGUGAAAUCGGAUAGCUACAUAGAUAAAAUACGUAAUAAGAUAUCAGAUAAUUUUACCUCGUCAGAUCCUACGUACUACGGAGCUAAUUAUGAUGUGCCAGACGACCACGGAACUGCCAACAUGGUAGUGAUCGAUUUGAUGGGAAACGUUGUCAUAAGUACUAAUACAAUAAACACAAAUUUUGGUUCCGGUUUCACAUCGCCUAGCACCGGUAUUAUUCUGAAUAACGAAAUGGACGAUUUUUCAACUCCGGGAGCCGUCAACUUUUACGGUUUUCCAUCUUCACCUGCCAAUUAUAUACAACCAGGCAAACGACCAAUGUCCUCAAUGUGUCCAACUAUAAUCACAGACAAAAACGGAGAUUUCGUUCUAGCAGCAGGAGCAGCUGGAGGAUCGAAAAUCACAUUAACAACCGCCUACGUUUCUGCCCUUAAAUUAUGGUACAACAAGACGCUAAAAGAAGCUAUAGACAAACCAAGAAUUUUUCACCAACUUCUACCUAUGGAAGUUCAGUAUGAAUAUGGAACAACUAGAAAUGUAAUACAAAAACUUAAAGAUAUUGGUCAUACAGUGAUCCGAUUACCAAAUAUCAGAUAUUCAGCAGCAACAGCUAUUGCCAAAUCGAUUUCCGGGAUGAUAGAAGCUAUGCCAGAUUUUCGACGACCAGGGAAUUCAUCUGGAUACUAAAACUAAGUACCAAAUGGAACCCGGAAACCUUAGUUAAAUCGCUGAUUUAAAUAUAAUAUAUAGUGGUGUAACUCCGCAAUUGAUAAUUUGAAUUUGUAAAAUGUUUAUUGGUUAAUAUAUUUUGUUUCUUAAUUGUAAUAAUCGCGAUUGGUGCACAGUGUACUGUGAGAAGUGCUUUGAUUAACAUUAUCCUAGUUGUUUAGUAU